AGAUCCACAUCCACGCCCCCCAAGGCGGCGUGAAUAAUUUUGCCAAUUAAGAGCAGUGGGCAAUGAGCGUGCGGCAUUCCAAGUUGGAGGCUGGGGGUUGGCGAGUCAGUCACUCAGAGACGGCGCUAUCAGCAGCAUGCUUAAACUGCAGCCCAAACUGGACGGGGUCCCGCAGGUGGCAGAGUCGGGCGCCACAUCCACGGAGGACAGCCAACUGGACGCGAUCAUCGUCCAGAUCGGACAGUUUGGUCGCUUCCAGAUCACCAACUAUCUGCUGCUCUGCCUGCCCAUCAUAUGCAAUGCCUUCUACUCCAUCUCGUAUAUUUUCACCGCCAGUAAUGUGGCCCACAGAUGCAAUAUUACCCAGUGCGACAGCUCAGAUAGCAGCUACUCCGCCCCAUUUCUGAACUUUACGACACCUCAAAGCCGUGGAGCUUGGGAUCAGUGCCAGCACUAUGCACUCAGCUCUGAAAUUGAAACUGCAUCUGCAGCUUGCAAUGAAAGUAAUUUUAACCAGAGUGAACUGAUUAUCUGUGAAGCAGGCUUCAAGCUGGUAGAAGACGAGCGUACCAUAGCAAGCGAGUUUGGAAUCUUUUGCGGCGAUCAGUGGAAGCUGUCGAUGGUGGGCACAGUCAAUAACAUAGGACAGUUUGUGGGAAUACCCCUCGGAGGAUAUUUAGCAGAUCGAUAUGGUCGCAAAAGCCUGCUUGUCAUAGGUGGAAUUCUCAGCGCUUUCGCCGGACUGGCCCGCUCGCAUGCCCCAAACUAUUACAGUUUCCUAGGCCUCGAGUUCCUGGACAUGGCCGUGGGCAGUACUCUCUUUCCCACCGCCUUCCUAAUGGCCCUCGAGCUGGUUGGCCCGAAGCAUCGCGUUGUGGCUGCCACGUCGAUCACCCUCACCUAUGGACUGGCCGAGGCUGCCCUGGGUUACCUGGCCGACUUUAUCAGGGAUUGGCGGGUGCUGCUCCGCGUGCUAUACACCCCGGCACUGCUGCACUUGAUCUUUAUCUGCCUGCUGCCGGAGAGCGUGCGCUGGCUUCUCAGUCAGUCGAAGGAGCUGGACGCCAUGAACAUUCUGCGUAAAGUGGCUCGGGUCAAUCGAAAAUCCUUGUCGGAGCAGCAGCUGACUGAGUUGAUGCGCUCCAACCGGCAGCUAGUGGCUAAGUCUUCUGCCACAGGAGGCCACUACAGCCUGCGCCAGAUUGUUCAUGCUCUAGGCUGGCGCAUUGCCCAGUGCUGCUUUGUGUGGUUCACCCACACCUUCAUUGCCCUAGGCCUCAGCCUCAAUUCCAGCGAGCUGAAGGGCAGCAAGUUCGAGAACUUUAGUAUGAUGGGGUUCAUGCAGCUGCCGGGCUCUCUUCUGGCCACAGUGAUUAUGCACCGCAUUGGUCGACGCUGGGCCCUAACCUCAUGCAUGACGAGUUGCACACUCUUUCUACUGGCUGUACCCGCUUUGCAGGAGGCCUACCCGGUAACCUCCUCUGUGCUAUAUUUCAUGGCCAAGAUGACUUCUACUGGCAGCUUUGUGAUUCUGUACUUCUUUACCUCUGAGAUCUUCCCCACGAACUGCCGGAACAGCCUGCUCUCCUUCUGCUCGAUGGUUGGUCGCUUUGGCUCCAUGCUGGCUCCCCAGACUCCUCUGCUGAUUCCCUACUACACGUACGCUCCCCACUUUCUCUUUGCCUUAUUCGGCUUUGUCUGCGCCUGCCUAACGCUGUACUUUCCGGAGACCACGAACAAGGCUCUGCCCACCACGCUGGAGGAGGCACGAUCCCUGGACAGAAGCAUGCCAAAGCCCCUGGCAACAAAAAGUGCUGUCUAAUCGAAACUGAACCGUUUUUGGGGUAUCAUGGAGACCAGAGAUCUGAUCUGAUCAGUGCGUGAUCAGAAAAAAAGUCAAAGACAAUAAAAAAUUUAUAAAUA